AUGGCCUCUGCAAUGCGCCCAAAUAAUAGGGUUGUGUUCGCAGUUCUGCUUCUUUUCGUCAGCCAUACCCUUGGCGCCGCUGCAGCGCGGUCAUCUCUGGUGCGAGGCGUCAAGAUGGCAGGCCAGAUCCACCAGGUGCACAAGAAGCGUCAGAGCCUGCCAAACGACCAGGAGGUCACGUUUCCCGAGCUGGAGCCCGCCUUUGACGAGCUGGACGAGGUGGUGAAGAAGUUUGGCACUCUGCCUGGCUGGGGAGGCGGCGACCAGGCCAGAUGGUCCAGCAUCGCUGGCUUCCCGGAGCAGGUGGAUUUCUACGCCAGGACGGCAACGCACCCAGGAGUGCGCACAGUGUGUGAGGUGGGAUUCAAUGCAGGAUACUCCACAGCGGUGUGGCUGGCGGCCAAUCCGCUUCUCAAGGUCAUCAGCUUCGAUCUCAUCAUGCUGGGCAACUACGGGCCGAGCUGCGCCGAGUCCCUGCUCAAGCGCUUCCCGGGCCGCCUCGAGGUGCACUGGGGGGACAGCUCCGUGCUGCUGCCCCAAUUCGUGGCCAACCACACCGCGGCAGGCAUCUAUCAAGGCCCCACAUGCGAUCUGGUGCACAUUGAUGGGAACCACGGGGUCGGCGGCGUGCGAGGGGAUUUCCACAAAAUGUACCCCAUGAUGACCUGCGGCUCCAACAUCCUCAUGGACGAUGUAUUCGACGACGAGGAGUCCGGACCCACCCAGCUCUGGAGCGAGCUCAAAGCCCAGGGGGUUGUUGAGGAGGUGGACAGCUUCUUCACUUCCAGCCUGAAGCACAUCCGCACGGCCGGGCCUAACCGCGGCCACAACAAGGGGUUUGUCAUCGGCCGCCUCAAGUGCACCGAGACCAAGCCAGGGAUGCCAGCCUGA